AUGAUUUUUGGUGAAACUUCUUGUGGUCUCCCCUGGUUUUCCGGCUUUUCUGGUCAUUCGGCAUUUCUGGUGAAAUUUUUUGUGGUCUCUCUUGGUUUUUUGACGAUUUUUGGUGAAAUUUCUUGUGGUCUCCCAGCUUUUCUGGUUUUUCAGUGA